GGAUAAGCCACCUGCUUCCGAUCGCACAGCCCUAUCAACUCUCCUCGCCUGCCGUCGCCGCCUCGCGCUCUCCGAUCCCGCGCAUAUUCUCCACCAGUAGUCCUCUGCUCCGCCACACCCACCACUGCUAGGGCGCCGCGCCGCAGGCCCGCAGCCCCCUAAUCUCCGAGUGCUGAUCACGCGGAAACCGAUGGCGCUCCUCGCGCCGAGCCCGCGCGCGCUCCGCGUGCGGGAGACCGCGGCGGCGGCGCUCCCGCACUCAUCGGCGACCGCUGCAUGCUCGACCGUCGGCGGCGGGGCGGCCAGGCGGGCGCUGUGGCUGUGGGACAACGGCGGCGGGACCGGGACGGGGAGGAGGAAGGAGCACCGGGAGAGAGUCCGGCCGGAGGCGUACUGCUGGGACGUGUCCAGGCCGGUGGAGAUGGAGGAGAUCGACAGCAUCGAGAAGCUCGAUGAUGCGCUCAGGUGGUCCGUCGAGAACAACCAGCCCGUCGUCAUCGACUGGAUGGCAGGUUGGUGUCGGAAAUGCAUCUACCUGAUGCCCAGAAUGGAGAAGAUGGCAGGAGAAUAUCCUGAAGUGAGGUUUUACUUCAUCGAUGUCAAUAAAGUUCCACAGGGGGUGGUGAAAAGAGGAAAUGUAACUAGAAUGCCCACUAUUCAGCUAUGGAAGGAUGGAGAGUGGAAAGCGGAAGUAAUAGGAGGCCACAAAGCUUGUCUUGUGAUGGAUGAGGUUAGAGAAAUGAUCGAGAAUAACAAGUGACUAAACACCCAAGUUAUGCAAUAGAUGUUGUACUGUGUUUGAUGUAAGUAUAGACAUCAGACGAUCUCUUCAUAUACUAAGCUGAAAUCAAAUCACGUUUUAGUUUUGUACUAAGCCAAACUUGCUGAUUUGAACCAAGCUUACUGAAAAAUGCAUUAACAUCUACGAUAUCAAA